GUGUCCCAGUUGGGCGUCGUUUCUGUUCAGUUUCCAUCCGUUCACCCACCUCGUCCCAGUAGUUAUCAUGAUUAUUCCUGUUCGAUGCUUCUCAUGCGGCAAAGUCAUUGGUAACAAGUGGGAUACCUACUUGUCGCUUCUCCAGUCUGAUUAUUCGGAAGGUGAGGCUUUGACGGCUUUGGAACUCAAGCGUUACUGCUGUAGACGUAUGGUCCUUACACACGUUGACUUGAUUGAGAAAUUACUGCACUACAAUCCCUUGGAGCGCAGCAGAGGCGAUCGUCGUUAAACAGAUUCCAAUGGGAGAGUACAAGAUUUGGUCGAUUCCAAUGGUUCUCUUUUUUUCUUCUUCUCGAGUCACAAUACCGCAACAAGAAAUUUCUCGUCUUCAUUUACAAUCAUUUUCUCAUUUUUCCCAUGUUAAAUAAAAAAAAAAGAAAUAAUUCAUUUUCAGAGC